AUGGCUGCUCGUCGCCUCGUGCCGCUGCUCGACCGUGUGCUCGUCCAGCGCAUCGAGCCGCCGACCAAGUCGAUCGGCGGUGUGCUGCUGCCCGAGUCGACGCAGAGCAAGCUCAACGAGGGCGUGGUGAUUUCGGUGGGGCCGGGCCGGCGGGACAAGGAGGGGUCGCUGCUGCCGAUGGGCGUCAAGGUCGACGACAAGGUGAUGCUGCCGCAGUACGGCGGCAACGAGGUGACGCUGGGCGACGAGGACUAUGUGCUCUUCCGCGACGAGGACAUCCUGGGCGUGCUGGCGGACAAGUAG